AUGGAUGUCGGGAAACUAUUAAAGGAUGUAAACAGUUUAAACGAAUAUAUUGAUGUAACUCAAGAUAGUUCAGAAAAAUGUACAAAGUCAAAAAUACAGCUAAACAUGACAACUGUUCUUGCUUUGAAGAAAAUUCGUUCAUUGGAAGUUGAAUAUGUGAAUAAAUGUGAAGAGAUUGGAAUCGCAAGCGUUAUUUUCGAACGCAUGUUGCAUUUGCCACCUUCCAAGACAUGGGGAGUUCUCAGUAAAGAGAUGGUGAGCCUUCUGCGGUACUGGCUUGAUGCUGUACGCAAACAUUUAGUUAAACAUAGUCCGCACUGGUGGAAAUUUCUAAAGUCAUUACUGAGGUUCUUAAAGGAAAUACGGCUGAAGGACAGCUCAAUGCCCAACAUAUUAGUUGAACAUACAGCCGAGUGUCUGUUUGACUUGGCAACCACAAAUGAGCCAGAUGCUAUGCAGCGGUACGAGAUCCUUCACUGCUUCAACAUGUACUGUUCGGAAUCCACCAGAGAGAUAAGAUUUGCACUCCGAAGCAAGUUUGGACAAUAUUUCAUCAAGCUCGCGACCUACAUGUCUAAAUGUGGGAACCUGCCUACCCAAUACAGCAUCAUGGAGACUCUGCUCCGGUGGUUAGUGCCUCGCCAGGACCGUACCCUGAGGAUCACUUCUGCUUCUAAGUGGUUCCCUGUUAGACUGUACACUAAAAAUGUCAUUGAUAUAUUCUUGGAACGACCUUGGAUGAAUUUUUUCCAGGACGCAAGAGACUUAUUGAACGCCCAUAAUGAAAGCAGCAACCUCAUCACUUCAGUUAUUUGCCGAAAACUUACCUUCGGUGACAUUAUUAUUAUAAAGGAUACAGAUAAAACAGACUCAUGGUUAGACUUAAACUCUGCUAGCAAGUGCAUGUCGGUGCUUCUAGACCCAAGAGUGUUGGAUGCGUUCGGCUGCACCAAUCACAAGUCAUUUGAAACUUUCGUCGUGAGUGAGGAUAACACUGAAACUGCCAAAUUGACCAGAGAAUCAGAUAUUCUUACUCUGUCAGUGCAAACUUUUUCUCCACCCCGAGUUUUGCCAUCCUGUAUCAAGUUAGGCGAUGACGUCAGCUGUCACGUCACUGCCUUGAUAUCGUCACGAUCUGAUGUCAAGAGACUCGACGGGGCUCUCAGAAUGAUCUUCAACGACAAAUAUCAGUUGUUAUUGGACUUAGAAAAGGAGGCAAUGUUGUCACCGCCAAAAGCAACUGAGCAUUCAAAUGAGAAAUCGAAGAACGACCCGCGAUUUUCUCAUCCAGUGGAAGUAAGAAGACGUAAACAUUCAGGUUAUAUUGUAAAAACGCGUCAACCUCAUUCGUGUAUGUCACCGUCUACUGCAUCUACAAGUUCUUUGGCACAGCUUCAUGAAAAACUAGCUGCCUUACCCCGAUAUAAAUUCGAGAAGGAAUCACUGGGCGUUUGUGCUCCUCCAGAUUUAUCUAUAGUAACUGAAGUUAGUGAAGCAGACGCCCAAAGUAUCACAACACUUAAUCGUAAAGCAUUCGGCGUCUGUGAUAAAAAUAAUUAUGCACUAGACUCUAGUAAGAAGUCUCAAAGUGAUAGUGAAACUAGUAGAAAAAAACCAGAACUAAAGACUAAAGCGAAAGGCAGACUAUUGUCUCCGAUAGUUCGUGAAGAAACACCAAGCUGUUUGUUAGUGGCUACUAUAGGGUCUGCUGACGACUCAGUUAUAAAUGAUACAAUUGAAAGAUUAUCCAAAUCUAAAGAUUAUGAUCCCGAUAAUAUUGUUAAUUUAUUAGUCCAAGAAGCACUAAACGCUAAAAAAAAGGAUCAAAUUGACAGUGGUAUCAAUGCAAAGGAAAAUACAUCACAAGAGUUAAAUGAUAAUAUCGAUGCAAUUGAUAAUACGCCUAAAAAGAAAAUUGAUUUAAUUGAGUCUGUGAAAAAAUAUCCCAAAGUGGUGUCACCGACAUCUGACGAAUCUAAUACCGAAGCUAUAAGUGAUACUCCUAAUGAGUAUGUUAAUACUCGCCGAAAGAAGAAAGAUAACCCUAAAAGUAAUUGUUUAGAAAAAAACUGUUUUGAUGUACAUGUAGUUGAAGAAUUUUUUUCUCAACAUUUUACAGGAAAUAGAGAACAAGAAGUUAUUAUUAGUCCAACGCUCGCCAAAAAAAUAAACGAAACUAGCUCUGAAUUUAGCGAUGGUCUUCUUGACGAUGGACUUGUGUUAAUGGGAGAUGAAUCACAAAAUUUAGACCCGUUUAACAUAAAUAAUAUCGAAGUAAUAGAAUGUCUCAAUAAUAUAGUGGAUAAGGUAUGCGAUGAAUUUAAUAAAUGCUCUGAGUAUUUGAACAGAGAUCAAGAAACAGUUGCUGGUGACAUUUCUGAUCUGGAAGAUGAUUUACCUUUAAAAGAUAUUCUAUGUAAAAUACAAAAUGUUAACGCUGAGAAUAAAAUUGUGAAUAAAGUACCUCAGAAACCUAAAAAAAUUAAGUUAAAAUAUAAAGUCUCGUCUAAAAAAGAGAACAUGAAAACUCGUACAAUACGGAAAAACAAACUUGAAGUAGAAAAUGCUGCUAAAAUGUCUACUAUCAUGGAGGAUAAUGCAGAGACAGUUGUUGAAUCUAACGUUUCUAGCGUUGUCCAAGAAAAUAUAGAAAUUAACAAUGAAAAUGCACAUCUUGAUAAUGCAGCUGACGUCGAAACACCAAUGUUGCGUAGAAAACGUAAAUUGUUUUCUCCUAAAGAUGAAAAAAUCACUGAAGAAGCACCUAUGAACUCACAAGAAAAUGAUUUUAUUAACUCCAAAAUAAAUAAAACCCCAAAAUCUACCCUUUCGUAUAAACCAUACAAAGACAUAGAACAAGAACGUCAAAGGUAUAUCCGAAUGCCGCGAAAUAGAAAAUCUAAAAAAAUUGAAUCGCCUUCACCUCGAACAAAGAAAAUGAACGAAUUGUUUGAGAAAGUAAAAGAAUCUUCUAACAGUGAACCAGUAAAACUAAUCAAUAGAGCGUCAGAUGUAUACAAUUUCUCUACUGAUAGUGAAGAAGAGUUUAAAGAAAAAAAGAUAGCAAUAUCUAAAAAGAACAGUAUUACUACUGUCGGCAGUGAAGAAUGUACCGUGUUGAGACGUGGCCGCGUAGUCAAACGCACUAACUAUGCAAGUAAAGAUGAAGGUAAAAAACGAAAAGUUACCAGAAGACAAAGAACGAAGAAGAUUGAAGUAGAACCUGUUAACGAUUUGAUCGAUGAAAAAAUGAGAGAACAAAAAGAAGUACUGGAUACUUCUGUAGUCAUUGAAAUUCCUAGAAUAUUAGAGACUGCGCCAUUAUUAGUUUUAGAAAAUCCUCCUCAAAUGGAAGCUAUUACGGAUAAAGAUGAAAAGACCAAUAUAAAACAACAAAAAACAAAAGGAACUAAAAAAACUAAAUCUAAAACUAUAAAUUUGGUCAAAGGAGCUAAGAAAAUUGUAAAUAUUAAACCUAAUUCUGAAAAUGAUAGGACUGAAAGUCCUUUACCGGGACUGGUCGUAGAAGAGGCACGAACUCCGAAAACUAAAGGAGACGGAGACUUAUCAGCUAAUAUGGUAGAUAAAUUCAAGAAAAUUUGUCAAAAUCCUGAAAAGUACAUAAACGAAUCCAAUAAUACCCAAAUCCUACUUUCGGAUAACGACAAAAAUAUCAACAGUCCGCAGAAUUUUAAUGUAACUGACGAAUUUCUAGAACUUGAGUUACAAACUAAAGAUGAAUUGAGACGGAAUCGUAAAGACCCCAAAACUGAGAAACCAAGUACUGUAAAGCCUAAAAGAAAAGCGAAAGAAAAGAACAUUGAAAAGGAUACCAGUAAAAAGUGUACUAUCAGAACUUUAAGCUUACCUGGAUCUGAAACGAAAUCUGAUCAAUCUAUUUCUACUGUCGGCAUAACUGGACAUGGUGAUUCCGAAGAAGCCCCGCCAAGUCCCAAGUUAAUUGUAGAACGAUUGGAGCACCGCAAUUUAGAAUCGGAGUACUUGGAUCGUUCUAUAAAAAAAUAUUUCGACAAAUUGACAGAAGAAAUUAACAAUAUAAAUAGCUCAACGCACGAUAAUUCUAAUGACAAGAAUAAAACGACUGUUACAAACAAGUCUGACAAAUUAAAUAAGGAAGAUAUAAAAAAGAAGAGUAGCUGUAGUCCGCAAUCCUUAAAAUCUCCUGUAGUGUCUAUAGAAAGAAUGUCUUUAGAAGAUAUAAGCAGAUGGUUACCUUCCAGAAGAAAUUCAGAAUCGGAUACUGACUCUUCCAUUAGCAGAAAGUCAAAAACUUUACUCAAAAACAGUAUAAGCUCUAACAUAGUCGAAUCCAAACAUGACACUGAUUCUGAAAAUUAUCCAGAAAUUCAAGAGACUGCCAAAAAGCCUUUAAUUAAAGAAAAUUCACCUGUGGUUAAAGUAAACCAUACCGGAGAACAUAGUAAGUCUCUUCUUCAGAAUAAUGAUUGUAGCAAAUCUACACAAAGUAAAAAAAUAUGUGUAAUACGAAACAAAAAUGAUCCGAAGUUGAGAGUAGUACUUCCAAGACGUGUUAAAAACACACCAAAAUCGUGUAUUUCUCCAAUAAAACUGUUCGAAGAUUGCGACAAGAACGUUGACAAACUCUCUCAAUCUACUUUGUCAGAUGAUCAAGACUACAUAAACGGAAUAAAGGACACUUUUUGUAACAUUGUACGACGUAGAAAAAUUCAGUCUCAAAGCUCAAAAGCUGAAGAGUCUAUAAAAGAAUUAAGCCAUGCGAAAGAAAAUGAAAUUGAAUUUUUACGUAUAACUCCACAAAUAAACUUAACACAAAACACAGAUUCAGAGUCUAUUCUGGACAAAAUGAGCACGUCCACAAAAAUAGCAGAUUGUAAAGCGCUGAAAAGAAAGUUAGAAGAAAAUAGGAAUGAUAGUAAAAAGAAGAAAGUAGAGGACAAUAAUAAUAUGGGAGACUUCAUUUCUGCAAGUGGAAAUACGGAGUCUAGUGUAGAUGAGUGGUUUAAGAGAAACGAGCCGAGUAGCAGUAGAGGAGAAGCGUUGAAUAUAUCGGUUAGAGAUAGUUUACAUAAUGUUAUGGAGAAAUUGGAUACAACGCUGAUUGAGAUUCAUCAGAACACUAGUAAGAAAUUCGUACACCUAUUCGUGUCGGCCCAGCAACAGUUGUGCGAGCUGAAGGAGGAACGACACAAAAUGUACAAGCGCGUCGCGGCCGACUUGCUAGCCAGCGUGGUGCAGCUCAUGGACGAUAAGUUCUGUGAUUUGGAUAAAAUGUCUCAAGAACAAGACAUGAAUUUCAUGAAGCAAUUGAAAGAGCAAACUUCGGGGGUGAUCCGUGAGGACUGCAAACAAAAGCGGGUCAUGGUACAGCUGCUGAAGGAAGAUGUGCAAGCCGUCCUCGAGCACAUGAAAAGGAGCACUGAUUAG